AUGGUCUCCAACAAGAAACGUCUUUACGUCGCCCUCUAUCCUAGUGGCAUCCUUACAUUUGAGUCCGAGAACAGGUACCAUUGGGGCUUCCUAGUCGGGCCCAAGGUCGAGGAUCAAGACUCGGUCCAAGGUAUGCGCUACCACGUCAAAAAUCCCAUUUCUCGGGGUUGGGUGUACGAGGAAGCGGAGCUACGCGACGUUCGAUCCACCAACAACCUACUCGUCCGCAUCCUCGUCGCCAAGGUCCUGGAUGAGGAGCGCCUCGCAAACAUUCUCCGAGCCGUUCCUAUUGUGCAAAAUGACGCCAACUGGAGGUGUCGCACCUGGAUUGCAAAUGCGGUGGCAGCGGUGAAGCAGGACGGCAGAGCCGUAGGUAGGGCAGUGCUAGAUUGGGGGGAAAUAGAGCGUGUCGCGAGACGGUUUGCUGGCGAGAAGACGGCCGCCGGUCGCUUUAGGGAUGUUAAACUGGCGCUGAAGCCGAAGCCGACAUGGGAUAUGUUGCAAAACAGGGAGACUGUCUCGUAA